UAUGUCUAAUGUCAAUGAAAAUUGAUGAUAAACAUGCGGUUUGAGGUUAAAAAUAAAAAAUUUAUGUUUCUUACAUUAAGUUAAGGUAAAGGAGUAUUAAAUUAAAAGUUAUAGAAAGCAGUAAUAAUGGUGAAGAAGAAAAUAGAUAACCGUAUAAGGGUUAUGAUUGAAAAUGGGGUGAAGCUUGGCCACCGGACGAUGUUUCUCCUCGUAGGAGACAAAAGCCGAGAUCAAGUACCUAUUCUAUAUGAUAUGUUAGUAAAGUCAACAGUAAAGGCCAGGCCUACAGUACUAUGGUGCUAUAAGAAUAAAGAUGAAGCUAUAAGCAAUCAUGGACGUAAAAGGGCAAAGAAGAUAGCUGCUGGUAAAUUAGAAGUCUCAGAAGAAUCUCUAUUUGAUUCAUUCAGAGUUGCUACAACAAUACACGGCCGAUACUACUCUGAGAGCCAUGCUAUGCUAGGACAGACUUAUGGUGUUUGUGUUUUACAGGACUUUGAAGCUUUGACACCGAACUUGAUGGCUCGAACAGUUGAAACGGUUGAAGGAGGUGGUCUUAUUAUUUUCUUGCUGAAAACUAUGGACUCUUUGAGGCAAUUGCACUCAAUAUCAAUGGAUGUACAUUCAAGAUUCAAAACAGAAGCCUAUGAUACAGUCGUAAAUCGUUUCAACGAGCGAUUUCUACUGUCGCUAGCCGAUAACCCGCGCUGCCUAGUUCUGGACGACACGCUGACUGUGCUUCCUAUAUCAUCUAAAACUGCACAAAUUGAACCUGUUGACGCUGUUCCAGAGCGAGUAAAUCCAAAACUGAAAGAUUUAGUAUCGUCAUUGUCAGAUUCACCACCAGCUGGUCCACUGGUCGCAUUAUGUCGCACGUACGAACAGGCGACGGCACUCGUCGCGCUUAUCAAUACUUUAGCAGACAAACAGUCCAGGCCACCUCACUGCCUCACAGCGGCUAGAGGUCGAGGCAAAUCUGCCUGUCUCGGCCUAGCAGUUUCCGCAGCAGUAGCUCUAGGCUACGUCAACAUUUACGUCACAUCUCCACAUCCGGAGAACUUGAUCACGUUGUUCGAAUUCGUGCUAAAAGGCUUAGACGCCUGUCUGUAUCAAGAGCACAUAGAUUAUAAUAUCGUGAGGUCAACUAAUCCGGACUUUAAGAAGGCAAUAGUGAGAAUCAAUAUCGCAAGGAAUUCGAGGCAGACUGUACAGUACAUAACCCCGGACGACCACUCUCUGCUGUCGGUGGCAGACCUGGUGCUAGUGGACGAAGCGGCGGCCAUCCCGUUAGUCCACGUGGCCGCAGCCGCCUCCAAGGCGCCACUGGCCUUUCUAUCUUCGACUGUGUCUGGAUAUGAAGGGACAGGACGUGCUUUGUCCUUAAAACUCUUCGCUCAACUACAGAAUGAAAAUAAUGCUCCACCGCCGAUAAAAUUAGAAGAACCCAUACGUUAUCGCGCUGGGGAUCCAAUAGAGAGUUGGCUCAACUCAUUCCUAUGCCUCGAAGCACCUACUCCAUCAUUAGGGGUAGGAUCUCCGCCUCCAGCAUCCUGUGAAUUGUUACGAGUCAAUCGUGAUGCAUUGUUUUGCUAUCAUCGCGCUGCAGAGGCGUUUCUACAUCGUCUCGUCGCUAUAUACGUCGCCAGUCAUUAUAAGAAUAGUCCCAACGACAUCCAACUCCUGGCGGAUGCGCCGGCGCACUGUCUGUUCGUAUUGCUCGCACCCACACCUCCAAAAUCGACGACUAUGCCGGAAAUUCUGUGCGUCAUACAGCUGUGCCUCGAAGGAAACUUAUCAGACAGAUCUGUAAAAGACAGCCUAGGUAGAGGUAGGAAAGCCGCCGGAGAUUUAAUACCUUGGAAUAUCUGUGAGCAGUUUGGCGAUAAGGACUUCCCGAAACUGUCUGGAGCUCGAGUCGUUAGGAUAGCUACACAUCCGUCCUAUCAACGCAUGGGUUACGGCAAAAGAGCUUUGCAGCAAUUAGCGGCAUACUAUUCGGGGGACAUCCCGUGCCUCGACGAAGUUCCUAGCGAUGACGAUGAUGCGCAAACGCAAACCAAAUCGGAAUCGUUACAUACUGAAACUAUAGUUCCAAGAUCAAAACCGCCAACACUCCUAAAGCGACUGACAGAAGUGAGGCCGGAGCAUUUGGACUAUUUGGGAACCAGUUUCGGACUUACUGAGGAGCUAUUGAAAUUUUGGAAAUCUCAGAAAUAUAUGCCGGUUUAUCUAAGUCAAAAAGCAAACGAACUGACAGGCGAACAUUCCUGCAUAAUGUUACGAUCGCUUCAAGACACUACAUGGCUCGCUGCGUACAAUGCAGAUUUCAGGCUUAGGUUUUCACGGCUUCUAGGAAGAGUGUUUAGAAAACUACCGGCGUCUCUAGCUUUGUCUACUCUGCUGAAUGAGAGUGUGAAGAUUAAUAAGCCAGUACUAACAAAACAGUUGAUUGAACAAUAUCUGUCCGGGCACGACCAGUCCCGCAUAGAAUCUUACUGUAGACAGCAGGCGGAUUAUAGGCUGUUGACGGACCUAUUGGCGCCGUUGGCGAAUGUCGUUUUCCAUACUAAAGUGAAGCUAAAAUUGGAUGCUAUACAACAGGUUCUCUUCGUAGCAAUGGGUUUCCAAAUGAAGGACGUUGAUGAUAUCGCAGGCGAACUGGGUCUCCCCGCUUCCCAAAUCCUAGCGAAAUUUUACGAAGCAUGCAAAAAGAUAAACACAGCUCUCAAUUCCAUCUUAGAAGUUACUGUGGCCAAGGAAAUGGGUAUAGAAGACAAAACAUCAGAAGUCAGCACCGAGGGGCCAAUGAAACAGAGUCUCCAAGAAGAAUUGACGAAGGCUGCUAAGGACCUAGAACGAAAGCAGCGCAAAGAGCUUUCUAGAUUAAUGGGCGAAGACCUGGCGCAGUAUCGCAUCAAGGGAAGCGAUCUAGACUGGGGACAAGCGCUGAACACUUCCACUCAAAAACACCUCGUUUCUGUAAAAAGUGGUGAAAAACGUCUGGGAGACGACAGCAAAGAGAUCGAUGAACUCAUAGAAGCGCAUUCUAAGAAGAAAAAGAAGAAGCACGUUCGAAAUCAAUAAACUGACUUCCUAAGAUCUACCGCAAA